AUGAUGCCGAUCUCCUCUCUGGAGAUCUUUGCGGACUUCCGGGACCCACAUGCUCCCUAUGAUCGACUGACGGCCCUGCGCGCCUUGAAAAACGAUCUCGUCGGCCAUGACCAGAAAAAGGCCAUGUGGAUAGAGAAGGGCGUUGUGCCCGUGCUGUCCGCCAUCCUGUUUGAGCCGCUCUCUGCCGAGAAGGAUCCUGUGACCCCGGCCGACGGCGCAGAACGGCUCCCAGUCCACCGCGUCGACCGGGCCGAACGAGAUGCCAUCCACCGGGAGGCCGUGGUGAUCAUUGGCAGUCUUGCCCAAGCUGGACCAGCCUACAUUUCGUCCAUCCUCGCCAGUGACAUCCUUCCCGCCCUUCUUUCAAUGCUAUCAUCGCCCUCCUCUCCAGCCGUCUUGGACCUGACAAUUCUCCAAACCUUACACACCAUUGCCGACAAACUCCCACUAGCAUAUCAGCAUGGCAAAACCCAGCUCCAGCGCCUCUCAACGCUUCUAUACUCCGGGGACUACAUCCACUGCUUGCUCAAAAUCUUUGAACAAACCUCAAAAUCUUCUAUAACACAAGCAUCUAUUGCUCUAGCCGCCGAUAUUAUCUCGAAAACAUGUACGGAAGAGUCUUACAAGGUCAUGCUUGCCGAGGCCGGCGUCUUAGAUGCCUUAGCAUCCAAGUUGGCGAGCUUUGUCGUUUCACAAGGCUUUGUUAUUCCUGGCGCCGAAAAUCAAAUCAAAACUGCUGGCACUUUGGACGCCUUACCCCCACCCGCUCCACCAAGCGCCCAGCUCAGCCCUUUGCUUCGAGCUGUUUCCGUCAUCAUCGAGUACUCCCAAUCUCGCGCUGAGCAUUUGAUAACAUCCCCAGCCUUGGUGACUGUAUUUCCGCUGCACAACACUAUGCAGGACCGUAUGUCCCAAAGAGGUCCAUGGAUUACCCCAUUAGUCUCUGCGAAGCUCAGUCCUUCAAACCCCAUUGAUCAGCUUUUGCCAUCAGUGCCCCAUCCGCAGCCCCCUGGACCUCUUAGCUUUCCGCCUUUAGGUUAUGAUAGGAGGGGCAUUGCUAUCGCUCAGUCGCCGGCCCCCUCUUUGCUCGACGACGAACCAUCAGUUGGUAACGAGCCUGAAAGUGCAAUGAUAUCAUGGCUGAUAUGCAUCGCGAGACAAAAUUCAGGCUUACUACGGCUCAUGGCUAUUAGGUUGGGUGCUGUACUCUUUCGCUUGGGCCUUGCGAGAAAGGAGCGUGUUGCGAUGUUUGGAUACCUGCUGGUGCCACUUCUUAUACAAAUGCUCGACAAUGAUUACGUUGCCCCCAAUAACAGCGAGACGCGUGAGAACGGGAUGGCCUCAUGCACUGAAAGGGUCAAGGAAGAAGCUCCCGCUGUUCUUGCGACGUUUUUAAUGGAGAGUCGGGACCUACAGAAGUACGCGGCGGAUGGCGGUGCUAUCAGGAAGCUCUCGCAGAUGCUCAAGGAAUCAUUCAACCCGAUCGAGGACUCUGGAAAACCCAUGUGGAGUCCUGUUCCGAAAGACACCUCGACCAAUGGUUUACCAGAAACGAGCCUCGGCGUAGCUGGUGUUUCCCCUACUCUGCUCCAUCGUGUCAGGGUUCGAGAAGGAGUUCUUCGAGCCCUAUCCGCGCUUUCUCUCUUCAAAGAAGAAUACCGGAAAGCUAUUUGCGAUAAUGGCGUCAUUUCCUAUGUAAUUGAUUCUUUGAAAAGCUAUGAACCCGGUGACCCUAGUUCGAAAGUAUCCUCGCUGGAAGGCAAUCCCGUUCCUACGUUACUUGCUGCCUGUGCUGCUGCCCGGUCGCUCACCCGCUCCGUUAGUGUCUUGCGCACUAGCUUGAUUGACGCCGGCGUAGCAAGCCCAAUAUUUGAUCUCGUCAAGUCUCAUGAUGUUGAAGUCCAGAUUGCGGCUACCGCUGUGAUCUGUAAUCUGGCUAUGGACUUUAGCCCGAUGAAAGAAGCAAUUAUAUCCGCUGAUAUGAUUCCCACGCUUUGUGAACAUUCUCGGUCUGACAACACAAAGCUGCGAUUAGAGUCGAUCUGGGCGUUGAAACACAUUGCCUAUAAUUCGACGAACGAUAUCAAGAUGAAGAUACUUGCCGCGCUUGAGCCAUCGUGGCUGAAGCAAGUCAUUUGCGAGGAUCCUACUGAUACGACAAUUCGACAGAAAGUGGAAGAAGACCUCGCGGCGUUGGGAGAUAGUGAGAUGGACAUUUCGCCGGCUCCCGCGGAGUUGAGCGAGCCCCAAGAUUCCGCCCCAGGCAAUCUCCGCAACACCCCGGAACCAACGGUGGAUCACAGAAUGACCGACACGGUCAUGCCGCCGAAGAUGAGCCUUGAUGCAUUCCUAACGAAUGGCGCUCGACAACGGAAAUUGGCUCUGAGCGGGGACCUAGACCAAACAAAACAAAUGCGUCGAGACGAUAUACAAGUCCAAGAGCAAACCCUCGAUCUCGUGCGAAACCUGAUUUGUGGAUCCGGAGCUACCGAAAUGAUCGACUAUCUGCUUCAGGAGGUCACCGAUCUUUUCGAUGUCCUGGCGGAUAAGCUACGUCCCAAAUCUCAACUCAGCCGCAAGGAUUCUACUGCCAAAGUCUCGCCAGUGCCGACCGAGAUCAUUUGUUCUGUGACGUACAUCAUGAUCCACAUCGCGGCUGGCCUGUCCCGCCAUCGACAGCUGCUCAUAGCGCAAACGGAGCUCAUCGAGCUCCUGCUGCCCCUCUUCCAGCACCCCAGCCGGCAGGUUCGUGUUAAUUGUGUGUGGAUCGUGAUCAAUCUUACGUUUGAAGAUGAUCAGAGCGACCACAACAGCUGCCGGGAGCGCGCGACUAAGUUGCGUGAUUUGGGUGUACUGGAGCAAUUGAUGCUGUUGGACGAUGAUAUGGAAUCUGACGUACGCGAGCGUACGAAAACGGCUUUGCAUUUGAUAAACCAGUUGAUGUUAUAA